AUGUGGCCCUCGGUGCGUCGCAAAUUAGUGCAACUAAGCCUCUCCGCUACGCUCUAUAGCUCUUGGGCUUUCGGUUUGUUGCCUUUUGGCUACAGAUCAGAAGCACGAAAAGUAGCAAGAAGCAAAUGGCAGCUCGCUUAUGGAAUUGUGCUAAAUGGCAGUCUGAUGGCUCUUUUAUAUUAUUGCCAAGAUGAUACCGAUAGUCCAACCGUCCAUGCCUUAUACAAACGCAAUUCUCUGCUGGGCUAUAUAAACAGUAUUCAUAAUAUUAUUAUGAUGACAACAAUAUUCGUUGUUCACUUUCGCAAUUGUUGGCUAAGCGCAGAGCUUGCUGCCUGCCUCAAUGAGUUUCUGCAACUGCAUCAUCAGCACAUGCAACAAUUUGAUACGCGUGACUGCUACGAGUUUGAGAACUCUAUAUUGUUAAAAGCCUGCAUUGUUAUAAAUUACAACUUAAGGCUAAUACUGGGCACGCUGAGUAUCUUGUGCAUGCAGCUGGGCUAUAUGCUGUUUACCAUUCACUUUCACCUGUCUGUGGCUUUAAUCUAUCGUGCAGUUUGGAUAAUAAACCGGGAGCUACUCGAACUUGCGCAUCAACUAAAUUCUCGCCAAACUAUUGAGUUUACACGGGUGCGACAACUACACGCCCUCUACAGUCGUAUUUUGCAACUAAAUACGCGUCUAACUGGCAUCUAUGAUUUGCCCAUGGCGCUCUUUACGUUCAUGAUUCUCACGGCGAACAUUAUUGCCGUUUACUACUUUAUCGUGUUCACGAUUAGCUUAAAGCAAGAAAUUACCGUCAUGCUGCUCCUUGGCUUUGUACUAACCUUGGUUGUUAAUAUCCUUGACUUUUGGUCCUGCAUCUCCAUUUGCGAGCUCGCCGAACGCGCUAGUCGUGGUACCUCCAUGAUCCUGAAGCUAUUCAGCACUAUAACUCUGCUGGAUGUGCGAUUAAAUCAUUGUCUUGAUGACUUUGCCAUGUUCUGCAGUCUUCGACGUCUUAGAUUUCUCUAUUGUGGUUUAUACUAUGUGAACAAUGCCAUGGGAUUUCGAAUGCUUGUUUCAUGUGUUUUAUAUUUACUGUGGUUGGUGCAAUAUGAUUUCAGAAAUCUAUAA